GACGACUACUCGCUCGACUCGCUCGCCGCGUACGGCACGGCGCUGAAGGAGCACCAGGCGACCGAGGCGUCGCGCGAGGGCGGCCUGUCGGCGGCGCACACGGCCGCGCACGAGUACCUCGCCGGCCUCGUCGCCUCGGAGCAGUCGCGCAUCCGGAAGGCCGGCGGCGACGAGCGCGUCGACUCGGCCUUCCUCGCCAAGCUCGAGGCGGCGAUGGAGGAGCACGAGACCAAGUUCGACCAGGCACGCGCGCCCAUCAAGUUCCCCGUCUCGGCCGAGGCGAUGGAGAAGAUCAUCUCGACCAAGGUCGAGGUCAUCGCGCUCACCAACGCCCUCGACGCGUGCGUCAACAUCGCCGGCCGUGUCUGCUUCCUCGGCCUCAAGGACGCCUUCACCUUCAGCGCCGCCGUCGAGAUGACCUACACGCACGAGGCUAGCGACGUCGAGGAGCACGAGGCGGACCACCAAGCGAUCGUCGAGCUCAUCGACGCCGCCCUCGCGUCGCUCGACGCCAAGCCGGCCGGCGCUGUGAUCAAGAGCGCCCUCGUGGCGCACUACGUCGCCUUCGACCGCUUCGAGGCGCGCAGCCCCGGCCCCUCGCCCCUGCUCACGCCCCUGCAGCGCAGCACCGCCCCAGCCCCUCCCGCUGUCCCCGUCCAUGCCUCACGCCCCGCGCCAUCCCUCGCUGCGCGCAGGCCGUCGUGUCGGUGUAAGCUCCUCAAGACGGGCACAAGCCUCGCACGGAUUUGCUGGGGCGGCAUCACGCCACCUGGCAUGUCUCGGCGCGGCGCCGAGGCACAGAGCCGCUGCGAUGCAGCGGCGGCAAGGCACGGCGGCGAAAGCACCAUCGCCGGGCAGUCUCGGGGUGGCGUGGAGGGCUUCUCGAGCUCUGCCGGCGGGGCGGCCGCCGCUCACGGGCACGCGACGCGAGGAGGCGUCGCCGAGGGCGUCGAGGAGGCGCUCGACGAGGCGUGGCCGCGGGCCGGGUCCUCUCAUAGCCUCGGAGGCGCCGCUGCAGGCGGCGGCGGCAACAGCGGUUCACAGGAUGAGGGUUCAGAGGACGAGGGUUCAGAGGACGAGGGUUCAGAGGACGAGGCGGCGAGCACCCGCUGCUGGGCGAGAGCAGCGGCGCAAGUCGGCGUCGAUGGCGCCGUCGCCGCAAAGCGUGAUCGAGAUCGCUUUGGCGGAGGCGCGAGCGACGCGGUGCACGACGAGGGGGCGGGCCUCGUCUCGGUGGGCGGCGGCGGGCCGCCUGGCAUGUCUCGGCUCGGCGCCGAGGCACAGAGCCGCUGCGAGGCAGCGGCGGCAACGCGCGGCGGCGGAGGCACCAUCGCCGGGCAGUCUCGGGGUGGCGUGGAGGGCCACUCGAGCUCUGCCGGCGGUGCGGUCGCCACGCACGGGCACGCGACGCGAGGAGGCGUCGCCGAGGGCGUCGACGAGGCGCUCGACGAGGCGCGGCCGCGGGCCGGGUCCUCUCGGAGCCGCGGAGGCGCCGCUGCAGGCGGCGGCGGCGAGAGCGAAGUCAGCAGGCAGAGCGGCUGUGGCGGUGAGGGCCAUGCGGGCUCUGCUGCCGGCUCGCUCGCCUCUCUCGAGGACGCGACGGCCGGGACAGCCGUCGCUGCAGCCGGCGGCACCGCGCCGCCUGACGAGCCGCGUCCGUGGACAGCGGCGAGCACCCGCUGCUGGGCGAGAGCAGCGGCGCAAGUCGGCGUCGAUGGCGGCGUCGCCGCAAAGCGUGAUCGAGAUCGCUUUGGCGGAGGCGCGAGCGACGCGGUGCACGACGAGGGGGCGGGCCUCGUCUCGGUGGGCGGCGGCGGGCCGCCUGGCAUGUCUCGGCUCGGCGCCGAGGCACAGAGCCGCUGCGAGGCAGCGGCGGCAACGCGCGGCGGCGGAGGCACCAUCGCCGGGCAGUCUCGGGGUGGCGUGGAGGGCCACUCGAGCUCUGCCGGCGGUGCGGUCGCCACGCACGGGCACGCGACGCGAGGAGGCGUCGCCGAGGGCGUCGACGAGGCGCUAGGCGAGGCGCGGCCGCGGGCCGGGUCCUCUCGGAGCCGCGGAGGCGCCGCUGCAGGCGGCGGCGGCGAGAGCGAGGUCAGCAGGCAGAGCGGCUGUGGCGGUGAGGGCCAUGCGGGCUCUGCUGCCGGCUCGCUCGCCUCUCUCGAGGACGCGACGGCCGGGACAGCCGUCGCUGCAGCCGGCGGCACCGCGCCGCCUGACAAGCCGCGCCUGUGGACAGCGGCGAGCACCCGCUGCUGGGCGAGGGCAGCGGCUCAAGUCGGCGUCGAUGGCGCCGUCGCCGCAAAGCGUGACCGAGAUCGCUUUGGCGGAGGCGCGAGCGACGCGGUGCACGACGAGAGGGCGGGCCUCGUCUCGGUGGGCGGCGGCGGGCCGCCUGGCAUGUCUCGGCUCGGCGCCGAGGCGCAGAGCCGCUGCGAGGCAGCGGCGGCAACGCGCGGCGGCGGAGGCACCAUCGCCGGGCAGUCUCGGGGUGGCGUGGAGGGCCACUCGAGCUCUGCCGGCGGUGCGGUCGCCACGAACGGGCACGCGACGCGAGGAGGCGUCGCCGAGGGCGUCGACGAGGCGCUAGGCGAGGCGCGGCCUCGGACCAUGUCCUCUCGAUGCCGCGGAGGCGCCGCUGCAGGCGGCGGCGGCGAGAGCGAAGUCAGCAGGCAGAGCGGCUGUGGCGGUGAGGGCCAUGCGGGCUCUGCUGCCGGCUCGCUCGCCUCUCUCGAGGACGCGACGGCCGGGACAGCCGUCGCUGCAGCCAGCGGCACCGCGCCGCCUGACGAGCCGCGUCCGUGGACAGCGGCGAGCACCCGCUGCUGGGCGAGAGCAGCGGCUCAAGUCGGCGUCGAUGGCGCCGUCGCCGCAAAGCGUGAUCGAGAUCGCUUUGGCGGAGGCGCGAGCGACGCGGUGCACGACGAGGGGGCGGGCCUCGUCUCGGUGGCCGGCGGCAGGCCGCCUGGCAUGUCUCGGCUCGGCGCCGAGGCACAGAGCCGCUGCGAGGCAGCGGCGGCAACGCGCGGCGGCGGAGGCACCAUCGCCGGGCAGUCUCGGGGUGGCGUGGAGGGCCACUCGAGCUCUGCCGGCGGUGCGGUCGCCACGCACGGGCACGCGACGCGAGGAGGCGUCGCCGAGGGCGUCGACGAGGCGCUCGACGAGGCGCGGCCGCGGGCCGGGUCCUCUCGGAGCCGCGGAGGCGCCGCUGCAGGCGGCGGCGGCGAGAGCGAGGUCAGCAAGCAGAGCGGCUGUGGCGGUGAGGGCCAUGCGGGCUCUGCUGCCGGCUCGCUCGCCUCUCUCGAGGACGCGACGGCCGGGACAGCCGUCGCUGCAGCCGGCGGCACCGCGCCGCCUGACGAGCCGCGUCCGUGGACAGCGGCGAGCACCCGCUGCUGGGCGAGAGCAGCGGCGCAAGUUGGCGUCGAUGGCGCCGUCGCCGCAAGACGUGAUCGAGAUCGCUUUGGCGGAGGCGCGAGCGACGCGGUGCACGACGAGGGGGCGGGCCUCGUCUCGGUGGGCGGCAGCACGCCGCCUGACAUGUCUCGGCUCGGCGCCGAGGCACAGAGCCGCUGCGAGGCAGCGGCGGCAACGCGCGGCGGCGGAGGCACCAUCGCCGGGCAGUCUCGGGGUGGCGUGGAGGGCCACUCGAGCUCUGCCGGCGGUGCGGUCGCCACGCACGGGCACGCGACGCGAGGAGGCGUCGCCGAGGGCGUCGACGAGGCGCUCGACGAGGCGCGGCCGCGGGCCGGGUCCUCUCGGAGCCGCGGAGGCGCCGCUGCAGGCGGCGGCGGCGAGAGCGAGGUCAGCAGGCAGAGCGGCUGUGGCGGUGAGGGCCAUGCGGGCUCUGCUGCCGGCUCGCUCGCCUCUCUCGAGGACGCGACGGCCGGGACAGCCGUCGCUGCAGCCGGCGGCACCGCGCCGCCUGACGAGCCGCGUCCGUGGACAGCGGCGAGCACCCGCUGCUGGGCGAGAGCAGCGGCUCAAGUCGGCGUCGAUGGCGCCGUCGCCGCAAAGCGUGAUCGAGAUCGCUUUGGCGGAGGCGCGAGCGACGCGGUGCACGACGAGGGGACGGGCCUCGUCUCGGUGGGCGGCAGCACGCCGCCUGACAUGUCUCGGCUCGGCGCCGAGGCACAGAGCCGCUGCGAGGCAGCGGCGGCAACGCGCGGCGGCGGAGGCACCAUCGCCGGGCAGUCUCGGGGUGGCGUGGAGGGCCACUCGAGCUCUGCCGGCGGUGCGGUCGCCACGCACGGGCACGCGACGCGAGGAGGCGUCGCCGAGGGCGUCGACGAGGCGCUCGACGAGGCGCAGCCGCGGGCCGGGUCCUCUCGGAGCCGCGGAGGCGCCGCUGCAGGCGGCGGCGGCGAGAGCGAA